AUGGAGGUGGACGAGCGCGUCCACACCUUAACUGAGAGCUUUGAGCCCUUUGCACCUGAAGCUCGCCCAGGUGAUCGGUUACUGGACCGCUAUGCGGACUGUCUCCAUUUUGACGAGCGUGAUCCUACCCAGGAUAGGCGCUCAUAUCUCGACCAGCUCAUCGCGAAGGCAAGGGCUGACCCCUUAACAGUACUGGCUGCAACUGAUGGCUCCAUCCCUCAGUCCAAUCAGUAUCAGGCGGCUUCGGCUGCCAUCAUCUACAAGGGACAUCGUGAGCUCAAAAGGACUCGUUAUGUCUCUGGCAGAGUUACCGCCCCAGAUGCGGAACUCAAUGCCAUUGCGUGUGCAGUGCACCUUGCUGUCAAGCAGGCAAACUGCCAACAUAUUAUGGUCUUUACUGACUCUAUGGGCUUGGCCCACAGAGCGGUGGACCCUUCCGUGCACUCUGGUCAGGCUUUUAGCCUGUCAGUUUGUCGCGCUCUCCAAGAGUGGUUCGAGGUGGACAAUCUCCACCGCAUCACCUUCGUCUACAUCCCCUCUGCUUUGCGGUGGGAUAUCCAUGGUGAGGCACACAAGUACGUCACCGAACUCAAAGUCAGGGUUGGAUUCCUGGACUCGUGGAGUUCCACUUUCCAGGAUCCAACUUACCAAGGCUCUGAAUUCUUAGAGCUUCAACAGCCUGACGGGCAGCCGCUACAGCCAUUGUACCUCAAUGGGGGACCUUGGCUUUCAACAUUCGGACACAGUAUCACUGAGUUUGCUCGUGUUUGCCAGUGUAUAACUGGCCACGUGCCCAUUGGAGCGUAUUACCGUCGCUUCAAGAUGAAUGAGCCUCACAGCUGCACUUGCGGGGCUGCUUUGCAGUCUCGUCAGCAUGUUCUCUUUCGCUGCCGCGAUAGAUACUCUGUACAUUAUCCUCGUUUUCUCGGGGAUAUUGCAUCGUUUAUGAAGUACAACUCUACGGCGUUUGGCUUCAACCGGGACCCUUCGGGUGUCAGGUAA